AUGAACUCUACGAUUAAUUCAACUGCAAGAUUUCCCACGCUAAAUGUAUCCAAUACGUCAAACGUCUAUCGAUCACUGACCAUCGCGCAAAUGAUAAUUUACGCCGUCCUCGGAGUCUUCAUUCUAGUUGGAAAUGCCCUGUGCUUAGCUGUGUUCCUGAAAACCAAAAAACUACGAAAGCGUUCGUACUAUCUUCUAAUAAGUUUAUCGGUAGCGGAUUUGAUGGUGGGGUUGUCUGCCUCUGUGAUAUGCGUGGAGGAUGGACUGAGUCUUUUUCAUGGAACCAAGAAUGUGUUAUUCGCAUUCUGGAGGGACGUUACACAGUAUUUCCCGAGAAUGUGCUCGCUAUUUACUAUAGCUACUGUUGCCCUUGAAAGAUUCUGGGCGGUUGGUUUUCCCACGAAACACAGAUCUGCUGGUACACGCCCUUAUGUUGCACUUAUCGCUCUGCCUUGGAUUCUUGCAGUCGCAUCCACGGUUCUUUUUAUUUCCAGUGGAAGAAGAUUCGUUUCCGAGCACGCCUUCAAUUUUGUGGACGUUGCACUAUCCCAAGCAACACUGUUGACAAUCAUCAUAGCAUACUGUGGGCUUUUGAAGAAGAUGAGAAGCAACAGCAUAAGAAGCAACAAGCCACAGAUUAACGCAAUUCGAGAACGAAAACUAGCUGUCACGCUCUUUGUCGUCACGUUAGCAUCUCUACUAACAAUCUAUCCUGUUAACAUUUACUUUCUUUUUGAGAUAUUUUGUAAAAAUUUUAACACUACAUCAUCGAAGCAUCAUUUGAUUUUUCUGAUUGCUUUGGCUUCCAGUAACUCAGGAAUCAAUAUUGUUGUAUAUUUAUUUAGGAUUCCCGAGUUUAAGAGGGCUGUUUUUAGACUGGUUCCAUGGAAGAAGAGGCGCAGUUCGCGUGUUGCGUGUUCAUCGCAGAUUAACGAUGCGGCAGGAUCUGAACACCCUGAAACCAUUCAACAAGAAACACAGUUUAAUGAUGGUUCGUUUGAGCCCAAAUUAAAACCAGACCGAACGCCAAGCAAGUAUUUAUUCAAAUCAUGCUGUUAGUCCAUAAAAUACCGCUAUAUACUGACUGUACCUUGAUUACAGACUCUCAGGAUUACACUGACUGUACCUCGUUCACUGACUCUCAGGAUUACACUGACUGUACCUUGAUUACAGACUCUCAGGAUUACGCUGACUGUACCUUGAUUACAGACUCUCAGGAUUACACUGACUGUACCUUGAUUACAGACUCUCAGGAUUACACUGACUGUACCUUGAUUGCAGACUCUCAGGAUUAGCCUGCAGCGUCAACAUAUUCACAAAUAUUUUAAAAAAGUGAAAAAUGCAU